ACAAGGAUAUAAGCACCAGAGCAGUGUUUUCACAAGAGGAAGCAGUAGCAGACCAGAGUGAGAGAAGAAACUAUGACAGAGAACAAGAUGGGGCAAAACAUUGGGGCUGGGGCUGGAAUUCUUGCCAAACGAGUACAAAAGUCAUUGAAUCGCGCACAGGAAAAGGUCAUGCAGAAGCUGGGGAAGAACAUGGAGACUAAAGAUGAACAGUUUGAGCAGUACUCCCAGAACCUUCUCAAACAACAGAAUGAUGGGGGAAGACUAUUCAAAGAAGUCCAAGCGUACUUCCGUGCAGUGAAAGUGAUGCACGAGACAUCCAAGCGACUGUCCCAGACGUUAAGAGACGUCUACGAACCUGACUGGCAGGGAGGAGAGGACCUGUCUGUCAUCAUGGAGAGUGAGGACUUGCUGUGGAACGAUUACGAAGAGAAACUAACAGACCAAAUAGUCCGCACCAUGGAGAAUUACACUGGCCAGUUUCAUGAAGUCAAGGAACGAUUGGCCAAACGCGGUCGGAAGCUAGUAGACUACGAUUCCUCACGUCACCACUUGGAGGCGCUGCAGAAUGCCAAGAAGAAAGACGAUGCCAAAAUCACAAAGGCAGAGGAGGAGUUCAACAUAGCCCAGAGUGUGUUUGAGGAAAUCAACAAAGAGAUGAGGGAGGAGCUUCCUGUUCUCUAUCAAAGCCGGAUUGGCUGUUACGUGACCGUCUUUCAAAACAUUUCCAACCUGAGGGAUGUCUUCUAUAAGGAAAUGAGCGUGCUGAACCAUGAGCUUUACAGUGUGAUGAAGAAGCUGGAGACUCAGCAUUCAGGAAAAGCGUUCAUCAUCAAAGGCCUCAACAGCACCAAGUCCAAGAAGAAGAAAUCCCUGCUCAUCUCAGCACCCAUCCCCUGUAACACUGCCUUCCCCUCGGACCACACAUCCCUCCAAGCAUCCGCAGCCCCCGAAAACAGCAAAGAGACUGUCCUGUCCAGCCACGAGACCCACACCCAGAGCAUCUCUGAGAAACGCGUUUUCCUCGCAGGAGAGGCAGAUGAGGGCACUCACAGCGUCCUCACGUCAGAAACGUCCGACUUCUCAGACGAGCUUAGCUCCAACGGCGCUGCUACGCCCAACAGGCGGUCGGCGUGUGACAGCGACAACGGGGUCGGAAGCGACGUCGCGUCAGAGGGUCUGAGUGAUGUCCCAGAGGGUGGGGCUUCAGAGGAGCAGGGCCCUAGCCAGUCCGGCGGAAAAGGGCAAGUUCAAAGGUCAGAGGUGACUGGGUGUGAAGUCUCAAUCAGUCAGGAGGCUCUUUCAAUGUCCACAGAGAGUGAUGGCCCACAUGACACCGAGCAGGAGAGUGCGCCUGUAUCUCCAGAGAAUGGUAAAGCCCCACCUCGUCCUGCUCCACGCUGCUCCUUCCCCUCCUCUGAGAGGCACUCCUUCCCUCCUGCGGAGGCCAGCCAGGUGGAGACGAAGGUGGAGGAGGGAGAAGGGGCUUCCCAGACCCUGCAGGGAGUGGCGCUGGAGGGUCACGCUUCAGAAGACGGGACACUGCAGUUUGACGUGGAAGACGUGAUUCUCAUGUUCGCCGACGCAGAGGAGAAGCAGGAAAGCAUAGCGACGGGGGUGAGGGAGAAGACCUGUAUCCAGCAGGGAGAUCUAUCAGAUUCAGAAUGAGCCAAUGGUGGCCUUUCGUUUCCUGCUGUCAUGACACAGCUGCACACAAAAUGGCAAUGGACCAAGAUGUUGUGGAGGACAUCUUUAAAAAAAGAGAGAGAAAAAAAAAGAGGAACACAAGCCCCAUGUGAUUUAUUACUCACAUGCUUCCAUGUCGCAACUUGUUGGUAGAUACUGAUGAGUUUCAUACCUACCGAGAGAUUUUUCCAGAAUGUUCUGAAUUGUUAACACAUGAUUGUCUAAUCUACAGUAUUUUGCCCUUGUUUGUAUUGUUAUUGUGUAAGUCUAGAAACUGACAUGCAUAGAACCCCUUUUUGUAUUGAUGCCGAUGAAAGACGUAUAGUUUAAUAAAGUUAAGUGUGAGAGCAGUGGAGGUGUUGUUCAAAGAGCAGUAAGAAAGAAAAGCUAUAUUUCAGCAUACUUAUCAUUCUGUCUAAAAUGGGUUUCAUGUGUUGUUUUUAGGGCAGUUUACUUUUCCAUAUGCCCCUAAGUCGUCGGGACCCCAAAAAGUUUUUUUUUUUUUAAUAAGCUGUGUAGUGCUAGGGCAAAAACAAAAACGUGAACUCCUUGGAGUCCCGAAGACAGAGUUUGGGAAACCCUGCCCUAAGUAGUCAAGCACCUGUGUAUCACACUUUACAACACAUGGUGGCGGCAGUGGUCUAACACUUAAACUACAGAGACAAGACUUUUCCACUUGAGAUGCUUUUCUAUGUUUUUUCAGUGAUUUUUGAAGCUAUAUUAGCAUCAACUUUUUCUAAAUCCCAAUGCCCUACAGUGGUUGCUCAUUUAAAAGUUGCGUCAUACUCCAGCACAGCUUGCGGGCUGCUGCAGCCUUCUGUGGCACGUUAUCUAAUUGUCAGCCAUUUUUUCUGUUAAUUCAAGUUAGUGCUAGUUUCACCACCAGAGGGCAUCUUUGAGAAGUAUUUGAUAGUCUUCCAUAUUGGCAUUAUCAGAGAAUUGAAAACAUUUUUUGUAGUAACAUAGAAUAUGGGAUUGAUUUUUAAAAAUGUGGCUUAAUUUGAUUAAUAUUAUGGUGUUUCUAUUCUGAGAAAAACGAAACCCUCAGGGUUUCCAUUAGGAUGGAAUGGAAAAUAUGGCGCUGUACAUGAUGGUGGGAGCAGGCUACAGCAUAGGAAGAUUGAAGGAUUCUAAAUUGUUUGCCUUCAUUAGACAACUUUGUUCCAAUAUUUCUGUAAAUCAGUGAUAUUUUUGCCCAUAAUAAUUCGUUAUGGAGCCAUAACUAAAUCAACACAUGCAUUUUGAAAGAGUAUUUAUCAUUAUUUUAUUAAAGAAACCAUAAAGAUGCUGAUGAAAUAAGGUACUAUAUAUGAUUUUACAUUUGGAUAAUAAAGUAUUUAGAAGAUAUAAGCCACCUGCAUUUGUUUAUUAGGCUACUGUGCAGUCUGACAAUGAAACAUAGUCUACAAUACAUACUGUAGUAAACAUGGGAAAGAGCCUACUCUCCCUUAUGUAGGUAAUUAGGCAAUGUCUGUACUACAGAAUUCAGGCACGGAGGGAGACCUGGGUUCAAUUCCCUGGCGGGGAGGAAGGAGUAGGCUGCCCUUGUAAAUAAGAAUUUGUUCUUUACUGAUUCCGUAUGUGUUAUUUUAUAGUGUACAAUGUAGAACAUUUAAAAAAUAACAAAAAAUCCUGGAAUGUGUACUGAGGGAGAAAAAGGUGUAGUUUCACACGCAGAGUGCGGCAGGUGUUUAUUUUGCCUUCGCAGAAGGCAGGAAUUCUGGUCACAGGCAGGCAAUGGUCAUACACAGGUAGGCAAACAGGCAGGUGGAUCAAAACUAAGACUGAGUACAAUAACUGGGUCUCACAAAUGAGCUAGGAAAAGGCUUAGUAGAGUCAAAACAACACAGUAACUAACACAGGUGAAAACAAUUAACAAAAAUGAAAGACAGGGCUAUGUUCAGGAACACAAUGAAACAGAAGACAAGGUUGACUAAGAAAAUAAAUACAGAACCUUACAUAAUGAGUGUCCAAACUUUUGACUGGUACUUGCUUAAUUCAUUUGAUUAAUAUUAUGGUGUUUUUAUUCCAAGAAAAACAAAAAACCCUCUGGGUUUCUGUUAGGAUGGAAUGGAAAAUAUGGCGCUGUACAGCGUGACGGUCGGUAGUACAGUACUGGGCUAUUUAGCUAAAGAAUCCCUGUGUCGUGUGGGCAUGGCACAUGGGAGACCGGGGUUCAAUUGCCCGACGGGGAGGAAGGAGUAGGCUGUCCUUGUAAAUAAGAAUUUGUUCUUAACUGACUUGCCUAGUUAAAUUCAAUUUGGAUUGCCUGCGCUCAUAAAUUCAGUUGUCAGUUUGUAAAUUCAAACCGGUUUGCUCUCGGAACGCACACUGGACAUUCGUGCUGAGGAGUAGAGUUGAUUUGAGCGUUCUGGCCUUAAAAUGGCAGUCAAGCACCCAUGCUAACAUUGGCUAGCUUGCUAGCUACUUCUAGACAUAAAUGAGACCACUCUGACCAUUUUACUCCCCCUAACAGAGCUGGUUAGGCCAUUUUUGUGUUAUCCAGAACGUUGGUGACUGUAACUGUGCUGUUGGAAACAAUUUAAUUACACUUUUUGUUUACUGACACAGGCCAUAUUCAAUGGGUGUUGAGCGCCCAUAAAUUCAUUAUUCUGCGCUCCGGUACACUCAGAUGAGAGUGCUCUGAAUCGGAGUAAAUAGCCAGAGUGAAUUUGCAAAAGCACCCGAAUGUCCAUUGAGAACGAACAACGACUACACCAUUUAGCUAAGCUAAGAAUGACGAGAAUAAUCAAGUCAAUAAACGUUGGGUAGUUAGCCUAUAGUUAAUAUAGUGGCAAGUUUGAUGUAUAACUACUAACAUUAGGUAGGUAGCUAACAUACCGGUACAUACUGCUGUAAUGAUAUGCUAUGUGGUUUGUAAGGACAGCGUAGCUAACAAAUUGUCAGCCAACAUAACGUAUAAGGUAACUUAUUUGAAAAGUCAUUACUUUAUUACAUUGAGUAGCAAGCACUGCGAGGCGCACUCUAUCGACUCUGAGGCUUGAGCAUGCUUUUGGUGCAGUCGAUAGCGUGCUGGACUUUGGGCCAGAAGGUUGAGGGUUCGAAACCUUCUCCCUGCUUGUUUCAUUUGAAGUCGUGCACAAUUAUCAGUUUAUUAUUUGGUUUAUAUUGCCCAUUCAUUGUCAUUUAUAUACACCGUAGUGCAUUGGGACCCAAAAGCAUAAUCAAUGCGCUGGUCUGUGAUAGGGAGGGAGGAGGGGGGUUCACCCCUAGCUCGGCUAUUUGACUACUCUUCGGGAAAGGUUGAAUAGUCUAAUGUUCAGCUAUUAGCCCCCUCCCCAACUUUCAACAAAUUGUUGUUACUCCCAUCUCGUUCCUCACCCUCUUCCACGUGUUAUUCUCUGCCUGAGUGGCUCGCUUGUGGGCGUGCAUGCAGGAUAUGGCAGCAGUUGUGCGUCACGAAUUCUGCAUAGCAAAUUUGUAUUAAGGUCUGUUUAUUCACAGGCAAAUUGCUAUAUGCUAUGGAGGUACAUUUGUGUCUUUUUGUCAAGAGUAAAACCCUUUUUCAAUCAACAAUAAUUGUUCUGAAAGCAAAACGAGGCUUCAAAGUCUUUUGCAAUCAAAUAUUUUUGUAUUAGAGCGAAAAGCUUCAUGCAUUUUAUUCCACCAAAUAUAUUUUGAGAACAAAAAAUCUAUUUGAAAACAAAACUUAGCUUCGCUAUCAACCACCCUCCAUUUUGGCCAUUUUAUGAGUGUUCAGCCUUUUUCCCGACACCAUUUUAUGAGUGUUCAGCCUUUUUCCCGACACCAUUUUAUGAGUGUUCAGCCUUUUUCCCGACACCAUUUUAUGAGUGUUCAGCCUUUUUCCCGACACCAUUUUAUGAGUGUUCAGCCUUUUUCCCGACACCAUUUUAUGAGUGUUCAGCCUUUUUCCCGACACCAUUUUAUGAGUGUUCAGCCUUUUUCCCGACACAAUGGAAGUCAUAGCGGACACCUACGAAGGACUGUGUGAUGACGGCAUCUCAGGUAAGCAGCACUGGGCAUUCUUCUGUCCAACUUCUACAUAGCUAGUAGUUAGCUCAUACAAUUCAGUGUCGGUUCAUAACAUUCUAUUAUAUUAUGUCGACACAUACAUACCAUAGAAUGAUAAAUCACGCAAUUAUUAUUCUCAGGCUAACCAAAAACAUUUUGCCACGAACGCCUGUUCUCGCCAUUUUCAGUUGAAUUCAUCUAACUUUCUUUCAUGGCAACUCAUAAGCAGGCCAUGUCCUAUUUGUUUCAUAGUCGAUAUAUAAUCAUAUUUCAUGACAGUGUAACAGUUAGCUUUUUUUUUACAGGGUGAAAGAACACAAUAUGUCUGUCAGGGAAUGCUAUUCUGAUAUGUCAGAUGAAGAGUUAGACCAGAAAGUCAGGGCCAUUAAGGCAAGGAUGCCCCAUGCAGGCUUUAGAAUGGUCAAAGGAAGUCUCAGAGUAAUGUACAAUGGCGAAGAGUUGGGGAGUCAUUGCAGCAUGUAGAUGGUGCAGGUAUCAUUACUUAUUCGUAGACAAAUUUUAAAUGAUGUAUGGUAAUACAUAACUAUAUAAAUGUGGUAAUACAUAUAAUGAAGCAGGUUAAUAGGUUAAACAUUUCUCUUUUAAUUCCAAUGUUUUUUUCAAGCUACAACAUUGUCAUCUUUGGCGGUAUAGAUGGAUUUUCAAGGAAGGUAAGUAUAUUGUUUUGUAUGCAUUUAGCAUAUUUCCCAUCACCUAAUGAACAACCACAAUACCAGUCUGGUGCUGUACUGACAUAUCCUGAAAAUGACAUAUAUUGCUUUAGAUUGAAUGGUCAUAUCUCAGUUAUUUUAUUCAUAUCACAAAAAAUAAGCUAUUUUCUUUACUUUCAGAGUGCGAGCUGUUCCAAGGGGUCAAAAAUGUAGGUAUUGCCAGAUUUACUUUCACUGUCUGAGGAACAAGCUGUGGAAGCUUUAUUGCUGGCAAAAGUGUCCAUAACCAAAGGUAACUUAACUGUUCUGUGUUCUUUUUCUCUCUGCCUGUCUUGUUGUACAUGGAACCUGUCUCACAUGCAUUAAUUUAAAAACCCUUAAGAUGUCAGCUGCUAAUUUUCAGAUUUACACCACAUAAACACUCAGCCAUUUUCACUGGACUAUCAAGCCCCUGUUGCUGCCAAGUCAUGAUUUCAAUAACCAAUAACCAAGUGGUGAGACACACAGCCCUCUAUAUUUAAAUGUUUCAGGUACACUCGGAUAGGUGUCUGUGUCACAUGUAGUCAGUAACCACUCACAGAGGCACACACAACUUGCAUUUCUAUAACCUCGGACCAACCUCAGUGUUCACUAUUCAUGGAGGAAGACCACAGGACCACAGAGAUUAGGUGUGUGUGUGUGUGUGUGUGUGUGUGUGUGUGUGUGUGUGUGUGUGUGUGUGUGUGUGUGUGUGUGUGUGUGUGUGUGUGUGUGUGUGUGUGUGUGUGUGUGUGUGUGUGUGUGUGUGUGUGUGUGUGUGUGUGUCCGUCACAAAACCUUUUCUUUCUCUCUGUUAGAGUGGAACGCUUAUGGAUAGAUGUUUGGAGUGCUGUGACAUGUCAGUACUACAAUUUGCUGCACAGUUUGGAGGAAGAAGGCUACCUUGACCUGUCGAAUUCUAUCCACCUCUUCUGUGUGGGAUAUAUGAUCCUACCUCGUACCGGGCAGAUCUGCAGCAUUUCACAGAGAGUUGGAAUAAUCACCCCUUUAAGUACGAAGGAGAACCUGACACCUCAACACCAGCUUCAAGUGGUAUUUAUGUAUUCAUUUGUGAUGUGGUAAUGUAAAAGUCUAAUAAUGACAUUAUCUUCUAUUGUUUGUCCUCGUGUUUCUGUUUUUCAGCAUAAAGUACUUUGUAGCCACUUAGUGUCGACACCAGGUGAGAUUACACACACACAGUUAUAUCAGCUGUGUUGGUGAACCCCUCGUGCAUCUGAACUGGCUGACACAGAGGGCACAGCAUGAUCAUAGGUGAGAGGUCACUUUCUCGGGUCAACAGGAAGUAUUAUUAAGAGAUGCUUAAUGUUGAAAUACAGAUAGAGAUGUAGUAGUCCCAGAGUUAAUAAUCCAAGGUCAGUUUUGCAUUUCACCUCCUGAUGAUUAUGAUGACGGACUGUGUUAGAAUAAAAAAAGCAAAGCUUAAUCAUUCGCUCUCUCUAUCCAUCUGUCUCUCUUCAGCAGGUAUGUUUUGAUGUGAGAGAGGAGGCCAGUCCCGUCAUCGCCACCUCACCCGCUCUUAAGAUAAACUUCGGGCCGACUGGUAGCCCAAGGCUGGUUAGGAGACACUGCUAGAGACACUAUGUAAUUGUAAUGAACUGAGAGAAUAUUAUAAUUAAUGAAUCAUAUGCUGUCUUCCCUGCUCCUCUGUUUUAACGCUUUCCUUUUCUGUCUUCUACACCUCUCUCCCCACCUCCUCUUUGUUCCACUUUUUUUUAUAAUGCAUACCAUACGUGCAUUGAAGUACAUAUUGAACUUGCAUUUAUAAUAUAAUAUUACAACUAUAAUAUUUAUAAUGCAUGUAGUAUGUAUUUAUAACACCUGGAUAAUGAACUUUCAAUAAAGCGUUUCACAUUC